GCCCCGUGCAUAUCCGUGCGCCCGUGUCAGUGUCUCCGGAGGAGACGGCGGCGAGGAGGCGGAGGCAGAAGCGGCUGGAGCGGUGGCGGCCGAUGGAUUUCUAAAUCAACACCGUGCAUGGUUCUGUGUUUGGGCUUUAGUUGUAGAAGAGAAAUGCCUACCAUGUGCUAGGAUACAAGGUUGUGGAUCCUUUUAUUUCCGUGGUUCUGGAAUAUAAAGAGAGAAACAGGACAAAAUGGGGAGGAAGAAAAUACAAAUUACAAGAAUAAUGGAUGAGCGGAACAGACAGGUGACUUUCACGAAAAGAAAGUUCGGGUUAAUGAAGAAAGCCUAUGAACUAAGCGUGCUUUGCGACUGUGAAAUAGCACUCAUAAUUUUCAACAGUUCUAACAAGCUGUUUCAAUACGCCAGCACUGAUAUGGACAAAGUUCUUCUCAAAUACACAGAAUACAAUGAACCCCAUGAGAGCAGAACUAACUCGGAUAUCGUGGAGACUUUAAGAAAGAAAGGCCUUAAUGGUUGUGAGAGCCCCGAUCCUGACGAUUACUUUGAGCACAGCCCUCUCUCGGAUGACAGAUUCAGCAAACUAAGUGAAGAUAGUGAUUUUAUUUUCAAGCGAGGCCCUGCUCUGAACAAGAAGGAAAACAGAGGGUGCGACAGCCCAGACCCUGACACUUCCUAUGUGCUCACGCCACAUACAGAAGAAAAAUAUAAAAAAAUUAAUGAAGAGUUUGAUAAUAUGAUGCGGAAUCAUAAAAUCGCACCUGGGUUGCCUCCGCAGAACUUCUCAAUGUCGGUCACUGUUCCUGUAUCCAGCCCCAAUUCUCUAAACUAUAGUAGCCCUGGGAGCUCUCUUGUAUCCUCAGCCUUGGCAGCAAGCUCUACCUUGACAGAUCCCACACUGCUAACUCCUCCUCAAGCUUCAUUGCAUCGAAAUGUGUCACCUGGAGGUCCUCAGAGACCCCCAAGUACAGGUAGCGCAGGUGGGAUGUUGACUACCACCGAUCUCUCAGUGCCAAAUGGAACUGGCUCUAGUCCAGUGGGUAAGGAACCUCUAACUAGCACACACACCGCUAGAGAGAAGUUCCUUGUGAAUGAGCUGCUGCACGAGUUCAAAAGUUCGCAAAACAAAACCUGUGGUCCUAAUUACUCCUUGACUAGUGCCGACCUGUCAGCCCUGCAGGGGUUUAACUCCCCAGGAAUGCUGUCAUUAGGACAAGUUUCUGCCUGGCAACAGCAUCAUCUAGGACAGGCGGCUCUCAGCUCUCUUGUAACGGGAAGCCAGUUAUCCCAGGGUUCCAGUUUAUCCAUCAACACCAAUCAAAAUCUUAACAUUAAGUCCGAACCAAUUUCACCUCCUCGAGAAAGGGUAACCUCGUCCACGUUCCAGUCGCAGCCGCAGGCAUCUCAACCGCCGCAGCCGCCACCUCUCCAACCGUCGCGGCAGGAAAUGGGCCGCUCCCCGGUGGAUAGCCUGAGUAGCUCCAGCAGUUCCUACGACGGCAGUGACCGGGAAGACCCCCGGGGCGACUUCCAUUCUCCGGUGGGGCUGGGGAGGCCCCCCACUUCAGAAGAUCGCGAGAGCCCGACGGUCAAACGGAUGAGAAUGGAUGCCUGGGUGACCUAAACCUGCUGUUUCUCCACAUCGGGUGUCCGCUUUUGAGUGACCCCCAACCCCCAACCCCCCCAAUGAACAGUCCUAACAUAUCUAAAUUUAUAAAUAAGGACCUCAAUAAAUAUUUAUAUGUGUAUAUAUAUAUAUAUAUAUAUAUUAUAUUAUAUAUAUAUACAUGCAUAUAUAUAUCUUUGUAUACAUAUAUAUGUGUGUGAAUGUGUAGCAAGACACAAGAAGAGAAAACGGGCACUUAACACCAAUGUUUUUAUAUGGUUGCAGAUGCCCUUGUGGGUUAAACAAGUAUAACAGAAGAUUCCCCCCCCCUUACCCCCCCCCCCCCUUCUCGUAGGCCUUGGCCUCAACCUGGCACUUAACUUUGCUGGACUUUGUACUUGGUGGUGCAAAAGAAAUAUCUUCCCCCUUAUAUCAACUAUCCACUUAGAUGGCUGAACCGUCAGGGCCUGCCUCUAGUAGUGUUCCUGUGUGUGUUUUUUUUAACAAUUGUGUGGUUUCCUGUAAUUAAAAUUAUGCUUUGUAGCAG